AACUCCAAUCGAUCUGUCAACAACAUGCCGCCCCUAGCUUAUUUUUAAAAGGACCACUCUUUUUUUGUUUCUUCUUCUUCUUCUUCCUCGACCUAGCUCUCUCUCUGUCUCAUUUGCUUAAUCAAUCAGCAUCACCAUAAAAACUCUUCUGAAUCAUCGGAAACCAUGGUUAACAGCAAGAUUCAACGACGAUCAGAAGAAAACGACAGCGUUUCAUCUGAACCGGAAUCUCCUCCUUCUCCCAGUUUCAACCAUAUGAAACUUACCUCCCCUCGGAAAGGUACUAAAAGACCCAUGCAGAAAAGGGUGGUGUCGAUACCAAUCAAGGAUGUUGAAAGUUCCCGUCUUAAAGGUGAGAGUAGUGCUCCACCGUCGGAUUCUUGGGCAUGGAGGAAGUACGGCCAAAAGCCCAUCAAAGGCUCACCUUAUCCCAGGGGUUAUUACCGGUGUAGUAGCUCAAAGGGAUGUCCGGCGAGGAAACAAGUCGAGACGAGCCGCGUAGAUCCUACAAUGUUAGUGAUCACAUACUCUUGUGAGCAUAAUCACCCUUGGCCCGCUUCUAGAAAUAAUAAGCCCGCCGCUAAACAAGCUGCUGCGGCGGCGGCAGAGGCUGCGGAAGCAGCAGAGACGCCAGCUAAAUGUACGGCAGUUGUAAAGCAGGAGCCGUCUACGUCGCAUCCGGAUACUGAGCCGGAAUCCGGGAUGGAAGAUAGCUUCCCUGGUUUGAAGGACGAUUCGAUUCUUACGACGGGGGAUGAAUUUGCUUUGUUUGGGAAGAUGGAAACGACGUCGUCGACGGUUUUAGAGAGCACCCUAUUUGCGGAAAGGGAUAACGGAGAGGCGGAUGAAGCGGCGGUGAUUUUCCCAAUGAGAGAAGAGGACGAGUCGUUGUUCGCCGAUCUGGGCGAGUUGCCGGAGUGCUCGUUUGUGUUUCGGCACCAACGGAAUGUGGGACCGCAAGUUGGGAUCUGCUGACACGUGGAUAAUUAAAAACUAACAAGUGGCGGAGUAGUUGGAAUCUCUUACAUUUCGAAUUUCUUAUUUAUUUUCCCAGUAAUGAAUUUGCCUUGAUUUCGGUGUAGUAAAUGAAUAAUAAAAUAUCCGAAAUUACAAACUCUAUUAUCUUUCAUGUUCACCAACAUUUGUCAUUUGUUUUAGGGAGUUAAUUGAAAAUUCAUCAAUUUUUACUC